UGGUGGUUGUAAACGCGCGUAAAUUUGUUUUGUGAUCGAGUGUGUGCUGUUCUUGUUAUUUUACGUUAUUUUUCAUGAAGUCAGCAGUAAAUAAUCAUGGACAGAUACGUGCUUGUUAUUAUAGUCAACACAGAGUCGACGAAAGAAAACGCCUUCAACGGCGUUGAUGCAGCCAAAAAUGUAUAUGAUAACCUCAAAGAGAUUUCAAGUUCUAGCCAAACACGGAUUCCUGCGUUUCCAGCAUGCUCUCCGAGUGGUUGUCCAGCACCACAGAGGUGGUACUUUGCCAUUCAAGCCACGUAUGGUACAGCACAGUGGUGUAGCUCAGAUUGGGACGAAUUGUGUUGUCAACGCAAUGACAGUGAGGAAUCUGAGCCAUCAGCUCUAGAAAACUGCAUCACUGCCAUUCAGGAACAAGAUGAACUGACAGAGAAGUCAUCCCACGCAGAACUUUUUGAAGAGGCCGCUGAAGUUCUUCAUCAAUUAGCAGACAAACUUCCUCCUCCAGGGAAGUCUUUACUGGAUGUGAUAGUACUAUGUGUGGAUCAGCAGGUGGGAUUGAAGGAUAUGUUGCCUGUGAUUGGCUCAUUAAAGCACAUGCGGGCAUGGCACUCAGCACGAAUGAUCAUGGUCACAGAACACAUAGCAGGGUGGCAGAAAGCAGCCACAUACCUGGGUGCCUGCAUAUAUUCUCCUUCCAUGAUUGACAGCUGUGUGGACGGGAGAGAGAUUUGGAGAGGUGGACUCCAGAUUAGAGAGAAAAAGUUUGCUUCAGAACUGAGGUUUGAUGGUUUCUGUUUGAGAGCUCAGAAGAGAAAUCACUUGGGUGAUCUGCUGUAUCUUCACACAGACCCACAAUCCCACACUGACCAUAAACUACAGAAUGAGGUGUUUCAUUGUUACCAGCCUGUGUUGGAAUUGAUUCAGCUGAUCAAAGUCACAGAUCUCCCGAUUCACCUGCAUUCCAGCACAGAGUUUGAACUUGGAUUGGCUACCAAAUCCGUCAAAGCAAAACUGCUCCUGGAUCAGCUCUGCAUGUUGCGUGGUGAGGUUGGGGCUUUGUUUUCUCUGUCCUGCGUGAUAGGCGCCGAGACCUUCCCAUCAGCCUCUCAGAUCAGCUCGUGCAAAUGGAGAGAUUUCAUGUCCAAACGCCCCAAGGAGUUAGUUGUGCCUGACGUGGAGUUGAAAGGUGAGAGAGGCCGCUACCUCUUCUUGGUGCAGGGGGCGGAGUCAGGAGGCUGCACUGCACGAUUGAUACACACAGCCAAUCAGAUCAACGGAGCUGCUGCCCUAGCGACGCUCAAUGCCCUAAUCAAAGAGAAAGCUCCGCCUCCUUCAGGGCACAGCGCUGCUGACUGGCUGCGGUCCUUGCCGUAUCUCCAUGGAGAGAAGCUCUUGCAGAGGGAGAGAAAUCUGGCCAAGGUGCAGACCCUGGUCCUGAAGGAAUGUUCCCGUCGACGAGAAGAAGCCCAGAAACCUGCUGCCAUUCCCGUGAAUGAACUAAAAGCCCUGCUAAGUCUGGCUAGGGAGCAGUACCUUCAGAUGCAUGACUCCAAAAUGCCGAAAGCAUGUGAGCGCAUCAGCCAGCAGAAGGAGAACCAGACCUUCAACACUAGAGAUGGGAAACUCAAUUCCCACACAGAAUGGCCUGAGAGAAGCGUCCUUCAGAACUACGAGAACAUACAGAGAGCCCGACAAAGAUCCAGGUGCAGAAUGUUCAGCAGCGCUUCUUCUGAGAGUCUGAUGGGACCUAAAGAUGCCCAGAGGGGAAGCAGUAUGUUGCUAGAUGCCAGAGAGAUGCUGAAGCACUUUACUACUGAUGGGCAGCCCACCGGAGAACUGCAGCCGCUGCCUGUGCUCAGAGGGGAACACGUGUUUCAGAUGUCUCCUGACCUAACACCCAGAAAGGUUACCAAUCUCCCGUUCUCAAAGGCGAGCAGAUCCCACUAUCAUGGAAUGGAAUUCUGUCUGGAUGAGCUUAAGGCUCUUGAGCGAGAUCGUGGCUUUAUGAAGCUGCAGUCUCGUCUGAUAAGAUUCGAGACCCAGAGUACAUGCUGUAAGGAGCCCUGCCCUGUGCCAUUUGCCCUUAGCCCUGCCCCUUCCCCGGCCGUGCUCUCUGAACCGGGCAGCGUUCCUGACGGAGAAGCCCUGAACAGUGAGCCACCCCGGCUCAAACGUCGUUCUCGGGAAACAGACUCGCACCUUCAGCCGCACAAGAGGUUCUGUAAAUCAGAGAGCAGUGAAUCUCUUGGUGGUUCAGCUGGCACACAUCCGGCUGUAGGAGCUCUACGGCAGCAGGCGGCCCGCUCAAACCCUGGACCGACGAGACGUUCUGCUUCUGUUACCGAGCUCUUGCCCAGUCAAAAACCCAGCCAGACACAAACCGAGUCCCGCUCCCAGAAACACAAUAGGAUGCUGAGGGAGGUAGUGGAUAAGACGCUCAAUAAACACGGGAUCAGCAGUCAGCACAAGUGUUUUGAAGCCUGCAGUCAAAGACUGUUUGACAUAUCAAAGUUUUAUCUGAAGGAUCUGAAAACCUCACGUGGCCUUCAUGAAGAAAUGAAAAAGGCAGCCAGUAACAAUGUCAAACAGGUGAUCGACUGGGUUGUUGAGAAAACAUCUAAAAGAUGAACAGAAUAACUGAUACGAUCAGCAGGAGCCUACAAAAUAAGUGGAUGUAGCUUGUAAAUAAGGUCCCAUGACCUUGUGAAUCUCUCAUGUAAAUUUGUGUAUUUCUAACAUAAAAUGUGCAUCCUUUCAUGUUUUUUUAUUUACUUUUAAAGAUAAUUACAUUUAUUUGUGAUAAUUAUGUCUGUGUAUUAAAGUGAUUUUAUUUGA